AUGGCAACAAGCCCAAGCGAGGCCUGGCCUGGCGGGCCGCGCAGGCGCACCCGCGGCGCUUUUUUUGUUCGGAGGCCGCUCCUCUUGGCUUCGCCUCGCCUUUUCAAGAAGCCGCCGCCUGGAAGGCGGGACGGGCCCUCCCAUCCCUCGGGCCUUCCCCAAUGCCGGCCGGGCCCGGCGCGGAGAGGAGGUCCGGGAGCGCCGGAUGGGGGCUUUCUCCGCCCCGCCGCCGCCUCAGAAGCCGACCGUGACGAGGUGGGUUCGCUUCCGCCGCUUCGCAGGAUAUACUCCCGCGGCGUCUGCCCUCCUUCUCCCCCCGCACCCACAACCGGAGGGGGGCGGCUCCCCGAGGGCUCCGAGACGAGGCUCUCCCCGGCCAGCCUCGCAGCUCCCCCGGUGCCGCUUCCUCCGUUUUCGGAGCCCUGAGUUGCACCUCCCCCCCCCACACCUAUAAGCUUUUCUCCCACCCCACAGACGGCUUCCUCUGCUGCCCCUGUGCGCUUCUCAGGUGGCCUUCAGGGAUGCUGCUGUGUGGGUCACUCACACGCUGGCUGGCCACCUGUCAUGCAUGCUCGGGUUGAGAUUCCUGCAUUGCAGGGGGUUGGACUAGAUGACCCUGGGGGUUCCCUUUCAAACUCUACGAUGCUAUGAUUCCAUGACCCACCCACUCAUCUUCCAGGCUGCUUCCCCACAUAGGCAGGAUUCACCUUUAGUUCCUAGGCAGCGUCUCACUCCGAACAGGGGAACCCUCGCCCCUUCAGUGAUAUGCUCAAAAAAAGCUUGGGGGGUGGUGGGAAGCAACCCUAAACUAAAUCGGGGAAUCUGGAGACAAGAGUAUGAGGGUUCCUCUCCUUCUGAAGAGACACGGUGGCUGCUUGGACUCAUGCACUUUGGCAAUCGGGUGCUUCAGGCUUUUUGUGUUGUUUCAGAGAAUUGGCCACCAGAUGACAGUGGAAAGAUAG